AUGCUGAGAGACGUUUUUUAUCAAUAUACCCUGAAUCAUAACACACGUAUAAAGACAUACGUGUUAAAUCUUGUGAGUAGCUUAUUGGUAUUUAGUAGUUUUAAUUGCACAGUUGAUCUUUUUAGGUUAUGACACGGGCUGUUAGGCUACUUUAGCCUAGCCUUACUCAUGGCUGAAAAACGUUGCAUUAGCUUGUUUUGGUUGUAGACACAUUGACCAGACCUCACUUCUACAACAAAAUACGCGAAAAUAUAUGAAUUGCACAUUUAGAAAUUAUAUAUAUAUAUAUCAACCAUAUAUAAAUAUGUCCCUACAAUUGUUAGCGGGUUCAGUUGACGUAUUUGCCCACUACUUGGAAAUAAAACUGAAACUACAAAAGUUGAUGAUUGUUUUCGUCAGUGAGGAGUAAAUAAAUGAUGUUGGUCACAUUAAUAUGCUACCAUUGUGAGUGCGCGCGUUAACUCAUCGUGUAGAUUUUUUGCGCAUUUUAUGUGAAAGUAAUUUCAUCACUUUUGCAAGGCUAGGCUAUCUGUCUGUCUGUCUGUCUAAUGUUGCGAACGAGUACGGUUAUAAGAAACUUGCACGCAGAAAUCCAUGUUUUUUGCCUGCAUAUAUUAUAAACUAAUUCGUUCAGGAGCCAGUCUGUGGGGGCCACUGAAGGAGCUAUGGGAGACAGUAGAUGGAGCUAUACUGAAGAGACAGCCAGAAACUGUCCACCUUCUGGAUCUGCAACUGAAGAAACACAAACCACAUUUUAUGUCACUCUUUAAGAAUGUGCCAAAGAGUGCAGAGCAGAGGGAAAAAGUACGCAAGGCCAGCACAGAAGGCAUCGCCAUUCAAGGACAUCAGGGUUCACGUCUUCUUCCAGAGACGCUCCUGACGGAGGCCUUUAUCCUCAGUGAUCUGUUUGACAUUGGAGAGUUAGCAGCUUUGGAGCUUCUCUUGGCAGGUCAACAACAACAGCCCCAUUUUCCAGGCCUGACACGAGGCCUAGUGGCUGUCUUGCUCUACUGGGAUGGAAGGCUUUGUGUGGCCAACUCUCUGCGCACACUCAUUCAGUCACGGCAUGGCAAGACCUUCACCCUGGAUUUAAAUGAAGAGCUGGUGGCUUUGACAACACGCUUUACAGAUGAGUUGAUGAGUCGAGGACUAACAAAACGCAUCCUUGCCUUGGUGUCAGAAAUAAAUGUGACACAGGAGUUUGAACGUCUGCAGAAAGAGCGUGGUUUGGGCAAUGAAAAGCACAGGAAAGAGGUCUCUGACUUGAUCAGAGAAUGUCGACAGGCACUAGCAGACAGCUUGUUUUGUUGGACUUGUCAGUCACCCUUGACUAAAGAUGACACCUUGGCUCUUAUUGGUCAUUUGGAGACAGUUACAGCUCAAGCUGAUGGUUCAUUGGACAGUGUGAGCCUGGCUCUAGUUAUGGCGCUGCUGUACUGCUUGGACGUCAGCUUUAUAGAGCAGGGAACUGAAGAUCGAGAAGAUCUUCUCCAGGCACUGCCGUUGCUCACAGAGAGGCAGUAUGUGUCUGCGGUGCACACUCGUCUAAUGGACGGACAACCAUGGAAGCUUCCAGGGCUGCAGGCUGUGUGUCGACUGGCUUGGGCUCUGUCUCUGAGAGUCCUUUCACAGCUGCCACAAGGCUCAGGCCUCGUUGAGUUCACCGAAGCAGACGAGUCUCUGGCUGAUCAGGCUCUGCUAGGAGACGUCUUCCUCUUUAUGAAGGAAGGAAUGUUGGGAUGUGAGGGUUUUGUCCAGGAAGAGUUUUAUAUCCGCCGCCUCCAUUCACUCAUCACAGACUUCCUGGCCCUCAUGCCAGUGAAGGUGAAGCAGCUUCGUAAUCGAGCCGAUGAGGAUGCCCGCCUGGUGCACAUGUCCCUACAGAUGGACGGUGAACUCCCGUCAUCGUUGCGGAAGGAUUUAGAUCAUCUCAUGGUUCUGAUCGGGGAGUUUUACAGUAACGAUCCGUUUGGCUUGGAGCUGGGUUUGGAGUUCUGGUGUCCCACAGAGUCUCUCCAGCACACCUCGCUGCAGGGGUCCUACCUGGGAAUGGCCCUGCAGCGGCCUCCUCAUAAACAGGUGGUUCUGUCCAAGUUUGUGCGUCAGAUGGGAGACCUCCUGCCCUCCACCCUGUACCUUUCUUAUCUCUGCAUGCUGAAAGGCCUCGCUAAUGGUCCACAGUGCGCUCAUUACUGCUUCAGUCUUCUUAAAACAAAUGGAGCUACACACAGCGACAACAUCCAAGGAGUGUCGGGCAGCCCGGUGUCCUGGGAGCAUUUUUUCCACUCCCUCAUGCUUUACCACGAAAACCUGCGACGGGAUCUCCCUAAUGCAGACUCCUCCCACUACCGCCACCCGCCUCUCAGGGGCAUCACACAGAGAGAGCUUGAAGGGCUGACUUCCUUUCUGCAGUUACUCACCACCAUCAUUUCCUGGAGUGAGAAUGCUCGUCUGGCCUUGUGUGAACAUCCCCAGUGGACCCCGGUGGUGGUGAUGUUGGGGCUGCUGCAGUGCAGCAUUCCACCCGUUUUAAAAGCUGAGCUCCUUCGGUCCCUGGCAGCCUUCGGGAAGUCACCAGAGAUCGCCGCUUCCCUGUGGCAGUCGCUGGAGUACACCCAGAUCCUUCAGACAGUUCGAGCGCCGGGUCAGAGGCAGGCAGCAGGAAUUGAGGUUGAGCUGAAUGAGAUCGAGUCCAGCUGUGAGGAGUACCCUCUGACGCGAGCCUUCUGCCAUCUGAUCAGCACGCUGGUGGAGAGCAGUGUGCCUCUUAAUCUGGGGGUGGGCCUUCGUGUCCCCGGCUUCCAGCCCUAUCUGAACUUUCUGCGUGAGUCUGUGUUUCUUCCCUUUCCCACAAGAGCGUACCGCCGUCCCGCUGAGAAGUGGGAGGUGGCCGACUCUGUCCUGGAGGUGUUCCACAAGCUGCUGCGGAGCUAUGAGCCGCAGCCAUCAGACUUCAUCCAGGAGACGGUGGAGCUGCAGGGCGAGCAGGUCCCCGCUGACAAGCCCCCCGGCCACAGCAUCAUGUUCCACCUGCUGAACGACUCGCCCAUGCUGGCUCUCUGCCUCAGCCUGCUGGAGGAAGGGGCUCGCCAGCUGGACACCUACGCACCCUUCCCUGGUAAAAAGCACCUGGAGUCAGCUGUGCUGCACUGCCUCCGACUUCUGGACCUGACUCUGCAGAAGGAAGUGGUGUUCAUGGAUCUUCUCAGGGAGAGCCAGGCCUCCAUGCUUGUGUCUCCGCUAGAGCAGCUCUUCCAGGGAGUCAGUCCUCAGACCCGACGAGCCGAUCACAUUGUCAACAUUGCCAGGUAUCUGUACCACAGCAGCUCCAACCCAGAAGCAGCUUUCCAGAGUGCUAAGAUUCUGCGGCGCAUCGCCACCUACCCCAACAUCCACGUACGGCUGGUGGGAGAUUUCACACACGACCAGGCUGUGAGCGAGAAGCUUUUGGCCGGCUUUGUGGAGUGUCUGGAUAAUGAAGAGGCAGAAGAAGGACCAGAAAAGGAAGAUGGUUCUCAACCAUCAGACUUGGACCAACAGAAGAAGAUGGCAAGAAUUCGGCACGAAACCCAGAUCCACAUCCUGAAUCUGCUCAUCACCUCCUUGGAGCUGAAGGCACCUAAUCUGGCUCUUUACCUUCUGGGUUAUGAGGUCAAGAAGCCCGUUUGUUCCACAAACCUCCAGGAUCCUGGCGUGUUGGGAUGUCCACGCAGCUGCCUACACGCCAUCCUGAGUCUGCUGCAGAGAGGCACUGAGAAGAGAUCAGGGCCUACCCUCACACAGGAAGCUCCUCACCUGGCGGAGCUCUGCUACCAGGUGAUCUACCAGCUGUGUGCCUGUCCAGACACAUCUGGACCCACCAUGCGCUAUCUGAGGACCAGUCAGGACUUCCUGUUCUCUCAUUUGCAGCACCUGCCCUUCAUCCUGUCAGGUAAUCCGAUCGCUGCCCUCUCCCAGAUGUCGUGGCUCAUGAAAACGGCUGCCAUCGAGCUGAGAGUGACCUCACUGAACCGCCAGCGUUCACACACACAACGUCUUGUCAGCCUUCUUCUGGAUGACCAGCCACACACCCAGCACACAGCUGACGGGGAAUCCGGCAUGGAAGAAGAAACCCGAUCAGUCAGCGCUUUUCUGCAUUUUGACUCCGCCUCCAAAGUGCGCAGGAAGCUGCUGAGUGUUCUGGACGCUAUCGACUUCAGUCAGGACCUGCCGGAGCUGCUGCAGUUGGACUUUUUUGAGCGUACUCAAAUAGAGCAGGUGAUCUCCAACUGUGAGCACGUUAAUGAGCAGGGCCACACUGUGUGCAACGUCAAGUUGCUUCACAGGGUGCUGGUGGCCGAGGUGAAUGCGCUACAAGGAAUGGCAGCAAUAGGACAACGGCCCCUGUUAAUGGAAGAGGUGAACUCCAUCCUGCAGCACGUGGUAGAACGCAACCGCGUUCGCCGCAGUCUGAGCGCAAAGCGACACGCGCUGCAGUCCUGGAGGAGCCUCGUGGAGACGCUGCUGACCGCCUGCCCAGCUGAUCUCAUACCUGCUGACGACAGGCAGCUCAUCAUCAGAGACUUGCUGCUGGAUCUGCAUGAUAAGGUUUUAUCGGAGGAUGCAGCAGGAGAGCUGAUGCCCAUUGUUGCUGGAGCGGUCUUCACCCUCACAGCUCAGCUCAGCCAGGCGGUGCUCUCCGAGCAGCAGCAGGGCUUGGGAUCUGAAACGUCUUCUGGCUUUGCGUCCAUUGCUAAUUCAUCCCUUCAUUUAAUCCUCCGCAAGCUGCUAGACUUCAUUCUGUGCACUGGAGGAGGAUACCAGCGUCUGCGCGCUCACCUGUAUGGCUCUCUGCUGUAUUACCUGCAAAUGGCUCAAAAGCCUGAGGAGCCAGACACUCUGCAGAAAGCUAGUAAAGCCAUGUGGGAGCGUCUCACUGCCCCUGAAGAUGGCUUCUCCAAGCUGCAGAGGGAGAAUCUGGCAAUAAUCGAAAGCUAUGGCAAGUCCCUCAUGGAGGUUGUGUGUAGGGAUGCCUGUGACGGCCACGAGAUAAGCAGGAUGCUGGCUUUGGCGGUUCUGGACCGUAUCCUGUCAAUAGACCGCCAGAAUCAGUGGCUGGUGUACGUGUGCAACAGCGGCUACCUGCGUUCUCUGGUGGAGAGCGUGAGACAGGACGACGCCGCCCUACAGAGCCUGCUGACCCCCCAGCCACCUCUCCUCAAACCACUCUACAUCUACGAGAGCAAGAUGGCUCUCCUCACCCGUGUGGCUAAAAGUGGUGAAGGAGCGGUGGAGCUGCUGCGCUGUGGCCUGGUGGCUCAGCUGAUCGAGUGUCAGGUGUUUGACAUGGUGCCCGAGAGCGAUUCCCUCAGGAUGACGAGGGAUCCAUCUGGCUUCGUACCGUCCCCUUUAGACCGCUACCGGCAGAUUCUUUUGCCGACCUUGAGGCUCUUUCAGGUGAUCCUGACGUCUACAUCCAUAAAUCACCAGCAGGGGGCAGCGCAGGUUCUCCAGUGGCUGAUCGUCCACGCGGACACCGUCCAGUCCCUGCUGCGCUGUCAGGAUCUCACCAUGGGAGCUCUGCAGGAACUCUCUCUGCUUACUGGCAUCAUCAGUAAAACUGCACUGCCAGGUGUCCUGGAGACGGGUGGAGAGCUCAACAGUGCUGCUCUCAUGGAGUUCCAGGGUCACAUUAACAGAUUCCAGCGUUUGUGUCUGGCGCUGCUGAGUCGCCUGGCAGGAGGGGAACGGGAGAGGUUGUUGAAGCAGGCGGAGAUUUCUGCACCUGCAGAUUCAGCCGAACACAGAGAGGAGAUGGAGGUGGCCAUGCUGCAGGUGUGUGCCAACAUCAUGGAGUACUGCCAGACUCUUCUGCUGCAGAGCUCUUCUCAGGCUCAGUUCAGCAUCUGCCUCUUCAGCCCGUCGGGCAGCGAACCGGCCGGCAGAGACGGCAGGCCCUCGGAUCUCUCGACUUCUCUGCCAUCGGUUGCCCAUUCGCGGGUCCCGAGCCUGGGCCUGGUCCUGUACCUGCUGAGGAACAGCGCUGCAGAUUUCUGCCAGUUCCACCAGAGCCACAAACACGGUCUGGCCAAGCUGCAGAUUCUGGACCAGCUGCCUCCAGAGGAGCUCAAAGAGCUGUGCCAAGGCCUGGUGUCCGGUCCAGGAGGGGUGGAGAAGAUCUCCUCAGUCCAGAGGAGCCUGCUAGCUAAAAGACGACUGGUCCAGCUGAUCAACAACAGAGCCAAGCUGCUGGCGUUAUGCUCCUAUGUGAUCGAGACCAGUUUAUUUGUGUUAUGGCGCCACCUGGAGUACUACCUGUUGUAUUGCACCCCCUCUGACCCUAGGGACUCCUUGUUGCCCGGAUCCAGUUUAUUCAGAUCCCGCCUCCCAGAUGAGUCCCUGGGGGGCCUGCAGGCCGGCGGCGGCCGUGGCCUUGGUCUGUCGAGAGUCAGCCAGCAAGAUCUGGACCUGCUGAAAGGUGACAUGGCGUCCGGAUUUGGCGAGACUCUGCAGAGGAAACUACUCGACAUAGAAAGCUCGUACAGUCAAGUCCGCUCUCGCUACACCUUCAUCCAGGCGCUGGUCCGCAGAAUACGCGGCUUGCUCCGACACGCUAAAGGCUGAUGUCAACAGAAGAUAAACGUCAGUUUAAACUGAUUCAUGCCCACCGGUCCAGAUCUUCUACGGGCCGUCGGGAUCGCUGUAGAGCUCCAGACGUCUCAUAUUCUAAUUAUGCCAACGAUUCUGUUUGAUAAACACCUGCGAUAGUUCUACCUGUUCAGAGGGAUUUCUAAUCUGAUGUUUUUUUUUCCUUUUUGUGAAAAUAAAAUUUUCUAAGUACUUGAAA